AUGGCUUCAGCGGCAAACUACCAGGCAAGCGCCACGCUGACCCCCUGCUCGAGCCUCAUCGACAAGGAGCUACCCCACAAGACGGCCGUGGAAGAUCCUGCCACGGAGCAACUGGCAUUCGCCCUGUUCGAGGAGAAGGUUCUAAAGAGACUCGAACAUGUGGUACGCUUGUACAAUGCGGGGAAACCGCUUUUCCCCCGAGCGCUGCUGGAAGACCUUGACCGGCAAAUCGAAGAAGGCAGGGAGGAGAUCCGCAUCAAGGACUUCGAUGACGUGGUAAGCACGUAUAGCCGGAGUGUCCCUGCUGUAUGCUUGGACCUGGCAACAACAUACUGCAUCGGAUAUAGCAGCAUCCAAGUGCUUACCCAUAUCCACCCUUCCUGUGCAACGAUGAUGUUCAAGGACCCGCCCCCAGUGUCCAUUCUGUAUACCCGCCACCCCGAAGUUGCUGAAGGUAACAUCGAAAUGCUUGGUCCGGUUUUUGUCAAGAUGCGCGAACGGUGGCAGGAGAGCGAGACAUGCCAAGAGCUGGUAUCCCACCUAACGACCCUGCGCUUCUCCCUCCCCAUUCACAAAAUUGUGGCGUUUGGUCUGGGGACACUGGGUAAGACGCAAAAUGGACGGUUCUCCACACGGUCACAUGUUCAGCAUGCGGCAGUGGAAACGAUGGCGACCAUUCUGGCCAAAAGUGGGGUCAGUGGAGGCAAGAGGAUCGACUGCUACUUCCAAGAUCCAUGGUAUGAUGAAAACGAUGUCAGGUUCCUGCACAGUAUAGGCUUCCAACCACUGAACGACCCAAAGGGGUUCCUGGAGAUUGACGAACAUACCUUGGUGUUUUCGGUCAGCCCCAACGUACCUGUGAAGCAGAUUGUCGCUGACCUCCAGUGGCCCGGUGCCAUGAUCUGGAAUACUGUGUGCGGAGAAGAGGAGAGAAAGCAGUGGAAGAGGCGGUUGAGGAAUGGCGAAGAGUUCUGGUUGGGCCCGCUCGCCACGGAUCCCGACUCGGACCGCGUUUGUGAGAUGAUCACCCACUAUCAGAAAUUCGCAUUGCACGACCCGAAGGACUAUUUCGGGGACCUCUCAAUCUACGUCAGGCAUUGA